UGUAGUGGUGGAGGAAAGAGGAGAGAGAAGGCAAGAAGCCCUCCCUGCAUUGCAGCAGAGGAUCUGAGCCGAGAGAGGGGAAAAGAGGGAGCUAGUGUGGCACACUGCGUCUGCCGCCCAAUCACACGCCUCCGUGUGGUGCUCAAACCAAUCGGUAGCCCACAGCUGAGGUUAAAGAUUGACAAUCGCACUGAGAGCAGCAGCAGGGAGAGCAGGGCCCUUCUGGAAAUUUCUGCACCCAUCUUUGUCUCAUCCCCUACCAGCCUCAUAAUUUGAAAAGAAAAGAAAAAAAUAACAGUAUUUUUAAAAAGCCCCUGGCUGAAGAACCUGUAUUUUGUAUCCUUAAAGAAAAAGUUUGGCAGAGGAGGAGGUGAAAGUGGAGUCGGAUGCUGUUGAGGGGAUGGAGAUUUCAACACGAUCUAAAGUUGCAGGUGUUGAGUCUGGGUCAGUGGAUCGGACUGCCCAGAAGCGCAAGGUGCCCAGCCCUCCUCACUCAUCCAAUGGACACUCUCCAUCAGAGACCUCCCCUAGCCCCAUGAAGAAGAAGAAAAAGCCUGGGGCAGUGAACAGCAGCAAAGACCAGUCUGAGCUAAGACAUGGUCCCUUUUACUAUGUGAAGCAGCCAGCACUCACCACAGACCCUGUUGAUGUUGUACCGCAGGACGGCCGCAACGACUUCUACUGCUGGGUGUGCCACCGCGAGGGCCAGGUGCUCUGCUGCGAGCUGUGCCCGCGCGUGUACCACGCUAAGUGCCUGAAACUGGCAGCAGAGCCCGAGGGCGACUGGUUCUGCCCCGAGUGUGAGAAAAUCACUGUAGCAGAAUGCAUAGAGACUCAGAGUAAGGCCAUGACCAUGCUAACGUUAGAGCAGCUGUCUUACCUGCUUAAGUUCGCUCUGCAGAAGAUGAAGCAGCCGGGCACCGAGCCCUUUCAGAAGCCAGUGUCCCUGGAACAGCAUCCAGACUACGCUGAGUACAUCUUCCACGCCAUGGACCUGUGCACACUGGAGAAGAACAUCAAAAAGAAAAUGUACGGAUGCACUGAGGCCUUCUUAGCGGAUGUCAAGUGGAUUUUGCACAACUGUAUUAUUUACAACGGAGGCAAUCACAAACUCACGGCUACUGCUAAAGUCAUUGUACGAAUUUGUGAACAUGAGAUGAACGAGAUUGAAGUGUGUCCGGAGUGCUACCUGUCAGCAUGCCAGAAGAGAGACAACUGGUUUUGUGAGCCUUGUAGUAACCCCCAUCCUCUGGUUUGGGCCAAACUGAAGGGAUUCCCUUUCUGGCCAGCAAAAGCUCUGCGAGACAAAGAUGGACAGGUAGACGCUCGCUUCUUCGGUCAACAUGACAGGGCAUGGGUACCUAUCAACAACUGCUACCUCAUGUCCAAAGAGAUUCCCUUCUCCGUAAAGAAGACCAAGAGCAUCUUCAACAGCGCCAUGCAAGAGAUGGAGGUCUACGUGGAGAAUAUCCGCAAGAAGUUCGGCGUCUUCAACUACGCCCCUUUCCGCACGCCGUACACGCCCGACAACCAGUUCCAGAUGCUGCUGGACCCGUCCAACCCGGCGGCGGGCUCGGUCAAGCCGGAGAAGCAGGAGAAGAUCAAGUUCAACUUUGACAUGACCGCCUCGCCCAAGAUGAUCCUGGGCAAGAGCAUGCUGUCCAGCAGCGGCAGCGCAGCGGGAGGGGGAAUGAGCGCGCCCGUCGGGAGGCGGAUCUCGGUGACGGACAUGCCUCGCUCGCCAAUGAGCACGAACUCGUCGGCCCACACAGGCUCUGACGGGGAGCAGGAGGGGACGGAGAAAGGGGGCCCGGCCAGAGCCCCCCCUGGACACUACAGCACCGGAGAGGAGUCUCAAGACUGCACAGCCUCACCUGCAACACCAGCCAAGCCAGGUGCUACAGGCACACACAUGGACAGCCCAAAACCAUUCCACUCCCAAACAUCCUCCGCAACGGUCAAGCAGGAGAAGGCCCCUCCUACAGGCAGCAUCUUGAACCUCAACCUCGACCGCAGUAAGGCGGAGAUGGACCUGAAGGAGCUGAGCGAGAGCGUGCAGCAGCAGCAGCAGCUGCAGCAGGGGGCGCCACCCUUACUCACCUCCCCCAAGAGGCAGAUCCGGAGCCGCUUCCAGCUCAACCUCGACAAGACCAUCGAGAACUGCAAGGCCCAGCUGGGCAUCAAUGAGAUCUCUGAGGAUGUGUACAAGGGCGUGGAGGACUCGGAGGAAUCGGACAAGUCGGACUCGAGCGACAGCGAGUACGCCAGCGACGACGAGCAGAAGCCCGGCAAGGAAGGCCAGGAGUCCGGCGGCACGUCCGGCGCCAACAAGCCCGAGAAGGACGUGUCCAAGAAGAAGACGAAGGCGUCGACGACAUCCACAUCCUCGCCUCCCGUCGAGGAGCAGCAGAAGAGCAGUCCGGAAGGGGGGGCUGCGUCGGCAGGGUCGGGGUCGGGGUCCGGGUCGACCACAGCACCCAAAUCAGAGCCUGCGGCCAAGGCGGGUCCCGAAGACUCCGCGCCCAAAGACAAGCAGGGGCCCGACGUCGAGAAGGACGCCCCCGAGAGACCCAAAGCGGCGCCGCCGGAGGCCCCGCUGGCCCGAGACAAGCCCAAAGGCGCGGAGGAAGGACGGCCGCCUCCGACGCUGGACGCGGACAUGGACUCCGACUCGGAGCGGGAGCUGGUCAUCGACCUGGGGGACGAGCAGGGAGGAAGAGAGAGGAAGAGGAGCAGGAGAGACACGGCCGCUGCCUCCGCGCUUAAAGAGGCCACCGCCGCCGCCAAGUCAGAUGGCAAAGCCCCCAUCACCACUAGUGCGGUAACGCCGUCUCAACAGAACGCCCCGGCCUGCUCCUCGCCGGGUCCCAAAGACCUCGCCCAGCCCUCUGCGCCCGCCCCUCCCAGCAUCCUGUCCUUCCCUGCAGCACCCCUCUCCUCCUCCACCCCUCUCCCAGGUUCCGCCUCCGCCUCCACCUCCACCUCCUCCUCCUCCUCCUCCUCCUCCGCCGCCACGGCCGCCGCCUCUGCGUCCUCCCAGGCGGCGCCGGUGGCGGCGGUGAAGAAGCAGCGGCCGCUGCUGCCGCGGGAGACGGUGCCCGUGGUGCAGCGCGCGGUGGUGUGGAACCCCACGGCCAAGUUCCAGACGUCCUCGCAGAAGUGGCACAUGCAGAAGGUGCAGCGGCAGCAGCAGAGCGGGCAGCCGCCAGCGCAGGGCGGGCAGCCGGCGGUGCCAGCAGCGCAGACUCCAGCGCAGGUGCAGGCACAGGCGCAGACACAGCCCCAGCGCAGCCAGCAGCAGCAGCAGCAGCAGCAGCAGGUCUUACCCACAUCUGGGGCUCAGCAAGCAUCAUCCAGCACGCGCUAUCAGACACGACAGGCUGUUAAAGCAGUCCAGCAGAAGGAGUCCCCCCACAGCGUCUCCACAUCCUCUGUUACCUUGGUGACCACCUCCCCAGUAUCUGUGGCCAUCGCCACGGCGACACCUGGCGGCUCCAUGAGCAGCUCCUCCUCAUCCUCGUCUCCUGCCGUCGUGGCAACCGACCUGCACAUCCCCACAGCCUCGGCCGACCAGGCGGCCGAUAUCGCCAAAUACACAACCAAGAUAAUGGAUGCAAUCAAGGGGACCAUGACUGAGAUCUACAAUGACUUGUCCAAGAGCACCUCAGGCAACACAAUAGCAGAGAUCCGGCGGCUGAGGAUUGAGAUUGAGAAACUGCAGUGGCUGCAUCAGCAAGAGCUCUCGGAGAUGAAGCACAACCUGGAGCUGACCAUGGCGGAGAUGCGCCAGAGCCUGGAGCAGGAGCGCGAGCGGCUGGUGGCGGAGGUGAAGAAGCAGACGGAGGUGGAGAAGCAGCAGGCCGUGGACGAGACCAAGAAGAAGCAGUGGUGCGCCAACUGCCGCAAGGAGGCCAUCUUCUACUGCUGCUGGAACACCAGCUACUGCGACUACCCCUGCCAGCAGGCCCACUGGCCGGAGCACAUGAAGUCCUGCACACAGUCAGCCACCGCCUCCCAGCAGGAGCCCGAGACAGAGCAGUGCACGGACACCCCUGCGAAGGUGUGCGGUCAGCCUGGCAGUACACACAACUCUCCCAAAGAGGGGGCGUCGAUGGCGGCCACGCAGCCGGACUUGGACCUGGAGAAGGGCAAAGACAGUGUGACCGUCAGCUUGGCAUAGCACCUCCUACCCCUGAGGAACAGCACUUAAUCUCUGUACUGUAAAGAAAAGAAGAAGAAGAAGAAGAAGAAUAAACUACAGUCUAUUUGUUCACUACAGAAAAAUAUGUUUUUGUAUGUUCGGUUUUGUUUGUUUGUUUGUUUGUUUGUUUUUGAACCAGAUGUUUCUGUUUUCAACCUGUUCUCUUGGAACCCCCAAGGCUGCUUUUUUCUUUGACUUCAGUUCCGCUGAAAAGAAUCCUCCCAUCCUCUGAAGAUCUAAAAGUUGAACAUUGCUCGAGCGCAUUUUUAAUCUGGAUGGAAAUAUCUUCACUGUGAAUAUUGCCACGAAGAGAACAUCUCUGUUCUUUGUUUCCCUCCUCCUGUACAAUCUGUGUUUAUCAGCCUUUCUGUGGUGGCAAGAGUAGGAUUGCAUACCUGGGCAUGAACGAGAGUGCAUUAUUUUUAUACUGUAGCCAGCGUACUCUAAACAAAAAAAUACUGUUCAACUUGUCUUCUCUUUCUUCCCUUUCCUCUGCAUCACGCUUAUUUAAGUUAAAUUAUUAUCUGCGUUUACACAACAAGAAUGUUUGCCAAAUGAGACAAUGCAACAGGCACGCCUGCAGCAUACUGGUUAGGUGGUGUCUUGGAGUAAAAAAAAAUGAUAGCAAUCAGAAACAGAUUUUCAGUUCCUCUGAAAAUAAGGUCUUGUAUCAUUCCUUUGGCUUAUCUGCCAUUUGUUUCUAUUUGACCCGCUUCUCUGCUUUCAUCAUAGGUUGUCAUCUUCAUGGUUGCGAGAUUUGGAAUCAGUCAACCUUGAAUACAUUGUUUUUGUUAAUGUUGUCAUAUUUACCAUUGGGGUCAGCAAACAAAACAACUUGAGAGAAAUUCCACAGAAGUUUUAACUAUAAGAAUGAAAAUUCAUACGCUUAUGUUAUGCAGUACCCCAGCUAGACCUCCUUUAGGACCUUUGCCAUUUCUGCUCACUAUAUUACCUUACGUUUGCACACUGAAUAGGCGGGGACCCAUAGUCAAGAAUGUCACAUACGGACCACUGUAGGCCCAUAAUUUGUGUCUACUACUUUGAAGAGACCCGAUUCCAUGAAUGCUAAUGACAUAAUGACAUAAACGUUUGAUUUAAUGUGCAAUGUGAUUCAGAACACGAUGUGACAGACUCACAGAGCCGACUGUGGGGGGUUUGGAUUGGGCCUUAGUCAUGAUGAUUGUGUGAUGCUGCCUGCUCCUUCACAGCUUUCCCUGUCAUCCUGCUUGAAUGCUUCGCCACCAGAGACCAACGCCGGGCAGGCACCAGUCAUGUAUAACCCAGGAGACUUCCACUACCUGGUUCAGUGGCCUGUGAAUACUUCCUUUAGUUUUAAUGCUGUUGUUCAUCCACAAGCCACUGGGUUCUGUUGUUGACUGUACAUGUAUAUUUUCCUGUGAGGCGUCCUCACAACUGUUUACAUAUUGUAAAUAAAAACAGUUUUGGUGGUCUGAAA